GCUUCCGCUGUACAAUCAAAAAAGUGCGCUGUCUCAAAGAGAAAGUGAAUAAACUGUGGCUACUAGUCGCCUGUUGGAGAAAAAACAAGCCCCACAGCGUUCAGGCCUUAAUAUUUUAUCCCGCUUUUAUAGGCAAAGUGUGUUUGUUUUUUUAAAUAGCAGGAAAUGAAAGAAUUGCGGUACUUCUGUACUGCUGGGAAAGGCAUGGAGCAAUUUCUUGUUCAGGAAGUGAUUUCCAAGCUGUCAGCCUGUGAUGUUGAACACAUACCGGGUAAGGUGUUCUUCACGACGAGCGCUGGUCUGGAGAGGCUGAGGGGAUUGAAGUCCGCCGAGAGGUUGUUUCUGCUCCUGAAGAAACUGCCUCCUCUACCUGCUCCCUGGGAUUCAGGGAAGAUGACUCGUGUGAUCCAGGAGAAAAUAAUCGGGGAGCUGGGCGACUGGCAGCAGGGGCUGUCUGCCUGGCUGAGUCUCCAGCAGGCCGCGAAGGAGAGCCGUCUGGGCCCUGCUGCUUCUCGGAGGAGUCGGAAAAGAAAGCGCGAUGAGGAGACUGGGAAGGAGGAGGAAGAGGAGGAGGGCGACGGGAGCUCUCCGGCCAAGAAACAAGACCUCCAGGGAAGCCCGGAAGAAACUCCUCUUCCUGCUCAGGUUUUGGACAGUGCAGGGUCGGUGCUGCCCGGCCGAGCUGACCAUGUCUCAGAGGGGCCCUCUUGUCCAGCAGAUGUGAUCUCCAGCAGCAAACAGCCCCUCGUGUCUUUCAGAGUUUGCUGUCGCUGUAGCGGCAUAUUGGCUAGGAAGUUCAGUCCCCAGGAGCUGGGAAGGAUCAUUGGCAUGGCUAUUCACAAGCGGCUUGGCUGGAAAGCAGACCUGAGAGAGCCUGAUCUUGAGGUUAAUGUUCACCUAAGUGACGCCCAUUGCAUUCUGGGAUUUCCAGUUUUCAGGCUUCCUUUAGCUCAUCGGCCAUAUAUCAGAACAACUGGUCUGAGAUCUACCACAGCCUGGGCAAUGGCCUCACUUGCUGCUAUCAAGCAGGAUGGUUGUUUUGUAUUGGAUCCGAUGUGUGGAGUUGGGACUAUACUUAUUGAAGCAGCAAAGGAGUGGCAAAAUGCUUUUUUCCUGGGAAUAGACAUUAAUGAAUCACAGCUGAAAAAAGCUCGUGAAAACAUCCAGUUCUCAGAUCUCACGAGCAGAAUUGAAUUGAUGAAGGCAUCAGUAACUGAAAUACCCCUGCCUGCAGCCAGUGUCGAUGCUGUCAUUUGUGAUAUUCCCUUUGGGAGAAAAUUCGGCUGCAAAACUGACGUCAGAAUCAUGUUGCCUGCCAUUGUGAAAGAAAUGGAAAGGGUGCUUCGUGUGGGGGGGACCCUGGUGCUGCUGCUCAGCCCCCAGCUGUCGGCCUUCCUGGGGAAGAGUUUCAGCCGGGAGCCGCAGCAGAACCAGAGGCCGGCGGCCGGCGGUUCCGAAGAGGCAGGGGAGGCCGGCAGGGCGUCUCCUCGGCUCGUGGAUCAGGUGACGGCGGACAGGGUCCUGGUCUCUGCAGAGGGUUCCAGCUCAGCCCCCAUGGACUUCCCCUCGUUAGUACGCAUGGGCACCUACAGAGUCAGCCUGGGAGUGACUGAUGGCCUCGUACAGGAGUACAAGAAGGUGAUCCCUCCCACCUGAUGCUGUUCUAGCUGCGGUAUGUCCGUACGCUCAGUGCAAAACUGUAUUUCUACGGUUUCUACAGUGCGUGGUUUUUUCUUGUUGAUGGGUCUGUUUGCAACCACCGUCCCGAUGAGACGCGAUGUGGUUUCUGGUUUUGGCACAAAAAUUAAAGGGGGGCGCCACCACCAAAAUCGGAGGCUCGCGAUCUUCCUGAAAACGCCCAUCGCCCGAUAGCGAUGGGGUGAUCACGUCCACUUCCGUGCUGCGUACUCUCUGGAGCAGGUGUGGCCGAAACCCCACAGCGGGCCGGGGGCUGAGCGCCGCAGUGAGCAGAUUGGGAGAUCCAGCUGGGGCCUCAACCCCCAGGGUGUCUGAAAGGCCGUGGGGCCCCCUCCUGGAGAACGGCGAAGGUCAGCGUUCCUCCACCUGGCCACACCAGAGCUGUGGUGUUGGGGCACCGACUACAGUACCAGGCCCUCAGCUGGGCGCCCUGCAGCUGCCCACUGCAUGAGCUGUGGACCAAUCAGCGACAGGCAAUGAGGGAAGUGUUCGGGAACAGCCGAACUGUUAGACCUCCGCAAAAUACAAAACCGUGGUUUGGCACGAUGCUCUGCCGUGUUUCUUUCUGUUCUGCGCGUUUUCUGGCUUUCUGAUUAACAGCUAAAUCCAUUACAUCCUGAGAAGGGCUGGCUCUCCGUUCAGCGACCCAAAGCUUGCGGGCCGGGCUAUGCAAGACAUUGAAUGUAGCCACUGUUUCUGAUUGGAAUUUCUUCAAAGCACAAUCUGAGAGAUUGCAGCUUUCUGUACAGGGUAGAGAAAGUAACAGUAAAGGCAAAUUCAGCAGACGCCCUUGUCUCAGCCA